AUUUUGAUCACAUUACUUUCGACUCGGUGAGGGGAAGAUCCAAAUUUCUGGGCAGUGUUUUACUUUGGAAUUAACAGUUUCCGUUAGGAAAAUUUGUCUACAAAGAUUUCAUUGUAUUGAGCGUUAUAUUCUGCAAUGUGUUCUGCAAAGAGGAUGAAAGAAACGUUUGUGGCGGACAUUAUCGAUAUGUUUCGAGGCAUCACGGACAUUACCGAAGCGUAAAACGAAUACUUACGAGUAUGAUCGAAUCAUUGGAAGCAGUCGCCGGUGUUUCAAGACUUCUGACCAAUCUCUAUGACACGGAAAGGAUACACGCCCACGUGUUAAAUCACCUGUCUCUGGAGUGUGUCGAUGUGAUGCUUCCACAGCCGGGCUACACAGAGGUUGUAAAUAUUGAAGAUGACUUCAAAACACUGAAACAUAUUUUGUCUGUGAUUGACCACAUGCAGACAACAGAAAACAGUCAAGAAUACUACAGCAACCUGGCGGAUUUAGAACAUAUUGCAGGGAAAGCGAUGUGCGGAAUGUUUAACUUCAACAGUCAUUCCAAGUUCCACGAACCUGUUUUGAUUCAUGCCAAAUCACUUCCGGCAAAAUUCAAAGUUCCGGAAGUAGCAGAUAGAUGUGAUAUAGGUUCCAAUCUGUUGCUAAAAUAUGUAAGAGAUAAACAUUUACUGCAUCGAAUAGAGGGAAUUGCAUUUACGUUAAGAAAUAAAUAUAGGAAACUAGCGAAUGUAAUAUAAUACAUUGCACUGUAAAUAAACUUUUAAACGCUUUCAUCAUAGACUGUAAAACUGUCAUUUCACGCUUAUCGACAAUUGGAUCUCACAAUGGUAUUUUCCAUGCAUAGCAGGAUAUAUUUCAGGAAAUAUACUUCAGGUUUCAUUUUAUUUAUUAUUCAUGAAAACACCCGGAUAUUAUUUAAUGACGGCAAGUAUUAUUUAUUCAUGUUCAUGUUCUCAGUGUGCCGAAAUUGUAUAAACUUUUGUGUUUUAAUAAAAAACCAAAACAA